CGCAAUCAAACAGACUCGUCGCCCUCUCCCCUUCGUUCAUUCCACGGAAGAGAGCAGAUCCGAGCAGUGGGCUGGCAAACGAAAGGAAACCCUAAUUCAACUCCGAGAAUCUGUCAGUUCUUCUCUCUCUCUCUCCAUCAUCGUCUUCCCUCUCCAGUGCUUUUGCGAGCUAAUCAACGAUGGUCGACAGUAACCCAUCGCCUAAUUCGCCGGAAGAGACUCCAAAUCCUAACCCUGAUGGGAAUGCACCUGCUGAGAAUGAUCUCGCACUUGAUUCCCUCGCCAAGGUCCAAGAAUCUCUCCUCCUUGGAAAGAGGCAUAAGUUCUGGGAAACCCAACCUGUGGGACAAUUCAAGGACCUUGGGGACACUAGUUUGCCUGAGGGCCCUAUCGAACUGCCGACCCCCUUGUCUGAAGUAAAGCAAGAGCCUUACAAUCUUCCUGCCCCAUAUGAAUGGAUCACUUGCGAUAUCGACUCUGAGGAGAUGUGCACGGAGGUUUACAACCUACUGAUGAAUAACUAUGUCGAGGACGAUGAGAACAUGUUCCGCUUUAAUUAUUCGAAGGAGUUCCUUCGCUGGGCUCUUCGCCCUCCGGGCUACUUCAAGAGCUGGCACAUUGGAGUCCGUGUCAAAACCUCCAAGAAACUGGUCGCUUUCAUCACUGGUGUUCCUGCAAGGAUUCGUGUCUGCGAUGAAGUUGUGACAAUGGCGGAAAUAAAUUUCCUGUGUGUUCAUAAGAAGCUCAGAUCAAAAAGACUCGCUCCUGUAAUGAUCAAGGAGGUCACUAGGAGGGUUCAUCUGGAGAAUAUAUGGCAAGCAGCUUAUACUGCAGGAGUGGUUCUUCCAACCCCGAUAGCAACAUGCCAGUACUGGCACAGAUCUUUGAACCCGAAGAAGCUGAUCGAUGUUGGGUUCUCAAGGCUUGGUGCCAGGAUGACCAUGAGUCGUACUAUUAAGCUUUACAAGCUGCCUGAGUCAACAGCCACACCCGGUUUCAGAAAGAUGGAACUCCGCGACGUCCCAGCAGUUACACGAUUGCUGCGGAACUACCUGAGCCAAUUUAUUGUUGCCCCGGACUUUGACGAGAACGAUGUGGAACACUGGAUUCUUCCAACUGAGAAUGUUAUCGAGAGUUAUCUGGUCGAAAGCCCUGAAACCCACGAGAUUACCGAUUUCUGCAGCUUCUACAUCCUGCCCUCAUCUAUCCUUGGGAAUCAGAACUACUCUAUCCUGAAGGCUGCUUAUUCUUAUUACAACAUCGCAACGAAGACACCUCUACUUCAGCUGAUGAAUGAUGCGCUUAUUGUUGCUAAGCGGAACGAUUUCGAUGUUUUCAAUGCUUUGGAUGUUAUGCAGAACGAGUCUUUCUUAAAGGAGCUGAAGUUCGGCCCAGGUGAUGGGAAACUACACUAUUAUCUCUACAAUUACCGGAUACGAAGAGCAUUGAAGCCCUCAGAACUUGGGCUCGUACUGUUGUAGUUGAGGAGUUUUAAUUUUUCUUUCUAUUAUCCUAAGGACCUGGAAAUAAUACAACUAGAAUUUUGGUUGACAGUUCUGUCAAUGAUUUUGUGCGCUUGGUUCGGUUUAUUGCUCCAGUGUGCAGCUGUUCAUCUUGUCAAGGGUUUUUA